AUGUCUACAACCAGCGAAAAGGUACGGGAUCCAACCGUGGGCGAGGCCAUGGAUGUCUACGGGGAGAAGUUCGUUUGGACCUCCGAGCAUAUGCUCCGGAAAGAGCUUGAUCCACUCAUGUUCACCUAUGACGAACUGGCGGCGAACGCAUAUGAAUGCGCCCUGCAGCUCUUCAAUGAAGAACAAGAAAAACUUAAGGCGGAGGAGGGGGGUGAGGCAAACAAGAAGCCAAAACGGCCGGUGAAGCCAGACAUCUUCCAGAUUGUGAAGGACAAUGCAGCCACACAGCCUGCCCUUGGCAAACUGUGGGAGCACGUAAACACUGUUCCGGAUUGGGUAGAUUGGAACCAACUGGGUCGUGCUCAGAAAGUCUUCUACCGCUAUGGCGUAGCUAAUCUGAUGUCCCUUGGUUACCAAAGUCUGUUCGUGGGCAUGGCUGCUUGGAGAAUCGUCGAGGUCUUGCUCCGUACUGGUGGUUUCUCACCUGCAGCUGCCAAGAAAAGAAGUUUCGAGACCGCUCAAUGGGUCCUAGAGAUCAUGAGAGAUGUUGAUUCAAUCAGGCCUGGAGGCGCCGGCUGGGAGUCAACAGUUCGGGUCCGCUUGCUUCAUUCAGCUGUUCGUUACCGAAUAAGCGAAAUGGCGAAAGCAAAGCCAGAAUACUUCAAUACGGAGGAAUGGGGAGUUCCCAUCAACGAUCUCGACUCUGCCGCUACCAUUUGCUCGUUUUCAACUGCUCCUAUCCUGUCGGGCCUUCCACGGCAGAAGAUCAAGAUGCGAAAACAGGAGAUCGCAGACUAUAUCGCGCUAUGGAGGUAUAUUGCGUAUUUGAUUGGGGCACCGGAGAGGUUUUUCGCCACACCUGAUUCAGCCAAGAAGCUUCAGGAGAGCAUGAUUUAUUAUGAGCUGGACCCUAAUGAGAACUCAAGGGUUCUCGCUGACAACCUACUCAAAUCCUUCAUAGGUCAGCCUCCCUUUUAUGCACCCGCCGGACUUAUCAACGCCGCCGCUAGGUGUCUCGCAGGCGAAAAGUUAAGCAAUGAGUUGGGUGUUGCGAAAGUUAAUCUCAUUUGGAGAGGGCUAUGGUCUGGGAAUACCACGAUGUACAAAGGUUACGCAUACAUGUGUCGAUCUAUUCCUUGGUUUGAUAAGGGAAACAUUAAGAUGAUGAGAAAGCUGACGUGGAAAAUUGUCGUGGAAGGAAAGCAUGGUCUUGGUGGAGAACGGAGCAAGUUUCCCAUGAAGUACCAGCCAAGUUACGACAGAACAAAAGCGGAUUAG